CCUUAAGAAAAAAAAUAACACAAACAAACCCUACUGUAUAAAUAGACUGAAAGCCCUAAUAUUAGGGUUUUCAUUUUGUGCAGCUCUCUCUUUCUCUCGUAAUCUAAUCCAAUCUGCUCUUGUUUGCUGCUGCUCAAUCUCAGGCAACAUGGGGAAAACACGGGGAAUGGGAGCUGCUCGUAAGCUGAAAUCUCACCGCAGAAGACAGAGGUGGGCUGAUAAGGCAUAUAAGAAAUCUCAUCUUGGGAAUGAGUGGAAGAAACCAUUUGCUGGGUCAUCUCAUGCGAAAGGGAUUGUUCUAGAGAAAAUUGGUAUUGAAGCUAAGCAGCCGAACUCUGCUAUUAGAAAGUGUGCUCGUGUUCAGCUGAUUAAAAACGGGAAGAAGAUUGCUGCCUUUGUACCUAAUGAUGGUUGCUUGAACUACAUUGAGGAAAACGAUGAAGUUUUGAUUGCUGGAUUUGGACGAAAGGGGCAUGCUGUGGGAGAUAUUCCCGGAGUUAGGUUCAAGGUUGUCAAGGUUUCUGGUGUCUCCCUUCUGGCUUUGUUUAAAGAGAAGAAGGAAAAGCCUAGGUCUUAGGUUGUUGUUGGAAGUCUUUUACCUCUUCGAGUUGCCCAUUUUCACCUAGCUGAUAGUGAGCAUUAUGUAAUGCAGAAUUUUGUGAACAACUUUUUUAAUCUCUGAAGUUAGAAUCUGAAUCUGUUUGUCAUGAGCAUUCAAAAUUAUUUAAUAGUAUGUACGGUGUUUAUGUUUGGCAA